AUGCCAUCGGCUCCUGUAAGUCCCGCACCUUUUACAGAUAUUUCGCAGUCGCCGCCUGCAUCGAACCCGAACAGGUUGAGACGUGGCCCUACGACGAAUAUCGAUCUUCUUGGCUUGCAUAAUCCUGAAACCUUGGCCAGCUUACUCCUGAACAAAGACAUGUACAAGGAUGUCGACAUCAAGUUGGUGCGUGGCCAAUAUCUCGCAGCUAAGACUACGAAGCACUUCGUUCGCCGCCAAGAAGCGGAGAAAGAGAAUGCUAGUGAAAAUGUUUUUGUCAGCACAGAGGACAUUAAGAAGUGGAGGGACGAUGAACAGUAUCGCUCCAAGAUCCGCAUAAUCGCACUUUCCCACGUAUGGGAGUCAAUGGAGCAUCCGGAUCCCACAGGCAACCAACUGUCAAUCUUGAUGAGUGCCAAGUUGUGGCAUGACGAGUGGAGCUGGUACUUCAUCGACUAUAUGUCUCUGAAUCAAUAUCCUCGGAAAGAAGGCCUAGAGGAGACAACAUUCCAAAACAGCUUGCGCAGCAUGCAUGUUCUAUAUUCACAUGAUUUUACGUUUACCUACAUCGUGCCGGAUGUCAGCCCGUUGGAGAAGCUCCAGAAUGAUGCAGUCUCAGUGAAAUGUCAUUUCGCAGGUAAAUUUCAAGACGUGCUGCUUUCUCAGCUGAGACAUAAUGUCGACCCUUAUGACGAGCGAGGUUGGUGUCAAGCGGAAAGCCAGUGGUCUAGAAUGCGCACCCGCACGGAUCGAACCUUCAUAUUGGGGCACAUGUCUGACGAGGUCUUCGCCAGAGCUCCAAUGGAUCCAGAGAGUUUCAAGGACAAGGUGAGAGCAGAGGAGCUUAAAUUUACCCACAGCCGUGAUGGAGAUGCAGUCAUGGAUUUACAUAAGACAGUCUUCAAAGAGAAGGCAAAGUUUUGCAAGACCUUGAGGGUGAUGAAGCUGCCACAGGGGGAAAUCGACAUGCUUUCCAAUAGUUUGCAGACGGGGCUCUACCACAACCUUCAGCUUCUUUCGAUCACGGACAGCACAUUUGCGGACCAGGGCGCAGAAGAUCUGGCCGGAUCCAUCCCGGAUCUAGAAGCUCUGCAACUGCUCAUUCUUGAGAGGAAUCGGAUCGACGACCAGAUUGCCAGCCAUCUUGCCGGAGUUCUUCGAUACGUUCAGCAUGUCAGCUUUGCUUACAACUUCAUCGGCCUUGAUGCCAUGACAGAGGUGCAAAAUGCACUGACGACUCCUCCUAGAGACCGUGGCUGCCAGAGCUUGAAUUUGGCGAGCAACCGCAUUUGCGACAAGAGUCUUUCAAUCCUGGCCAACUGCUUAAAAUCCUGCAAAGUGGUAAACCUCAACCUGAACUCCAAUGCAAUUGGACUGGAAGGGGCAAAGCAUCUCGCGAAGGCUAUCAGCAGUACCAACCGCUUGCGAAUCCUGUCUCUGGAAGAGACGAACAUCGGCUUUGAAGGGGCUGAGGCUUUGGCCCAAAGCCUACAGUGCAAACCCACGUUUCUGCAACUCCACCUCGCAAACUGCGGCGUCCAUAGCAGGGAUUGGUGGAAGUUACUGCAACGGUUUGGGUUCCGAGCAGUCUAUGGUGGCUCACCUGCCACCGAACGCAUACUGCAGCUGAACACUCAUGUGUGCGUGUCAUCUAUCCUGUUCGUGGUCCCUGUAGUUGUCGCUUGUCUUUUCGGGCUGGCCAACAUCUUGCUUAUGUUAUCGAGCGGUCAGGCGGUGCUGCCGGCAUUGGUGACGACGGCAUUUUUGACGUGCUGGUUGGCCAGUCUGUUGGUGAAAGCUUACUUGCCCUGGGAUGCCGCAAUGAAAGUGCAGAAGUCGCCGUUCAGACUCAUCUAUAAGCCAGCUUUGGUGUGGCCCCUAGCCGUCCUCUCUAUAGUGACAGGCCGCUGUUGUGCUGGUCCUUGGAGAAGGCUCAGUUGGCCUAUAUGUGUUGUUCUGUUGUUCAUGGUCAGUCCUACAGUGGUGGGAGUCCUCAGCCUCGUUGUGACGAUGCACGACUGCAGGGGAAGUGUGGAAAGUAUGGAAGCUGGUUCAUGUGCUUUGGAGGGGCAGGUAUGUCAUUCUCUCAGCUAUCUUUCUGCGAUCUUGGGCAUCACUCAUGGCUCGCUUCUUCUGAUGCUGAUAGCUGCUUUCUGGACUCUUCCAGGGUUUGAAACUAGCUGCAAUUUCAUCAUCUGCAGGUUGCAGAGGCAGAGAACACGGGUCAUGGGCUUCUGUGAGCGUUACUGGAUUGAACGUCUUCAGACUCUGUCUCGCAAGAUAGAUGAGAAUGACUGUGAGUCGUCGGAUGAGUUGCAUUAUUUUGCUUACAUGAUAGGGCUUGAGAACGCGCUUCCGUUUGUCAAGCCUGUGAACCUCAAGUAA